CUCCAGCUUACGAAGUUGAGCUACAAUGUAGUUCUUCCAAAUCUAAAUCUAUUCGAGCCAUCACUGUUCAGUGACCGUGGUUCUUACUUGUUAGAAUCCGGAUGUUUGAGGUUUUAUUGCUUUUGCUAAGAAUAUUUUUACGGGUUGUCCAAAUGGCAUUAGUGUUGUUAAACUGGGUUGGAUGCGCUACCCCGCUCUGUUCAGAGUAGGUGUUAGUGUUUGGGACGUAAAUGCUUAUGUCCUUUCAUUGCUAUCGCUCCUAUGGCGUAUAGUCUUUUUAAACGUCAUAUAACAAUAUGAAGUUUUUCUUCUGCAAUGUCAAGUGACUUCAGAAGUGCGAUGAUUCAGGUAAUUGCUCAGCUCUGUGGUCAAGUUGGCUUCGAACAAAUCACGGAAGCCUCACUUGAAUUGUUAAUUAGCGUUGUGGAAGCAUAUUUCCUCUCCUUAGUUAGAAAUGUAUAUACGUUGACGGCCUCAGACGGUUAUGCACAGGUUGCAGAUGGACUUCUAGCUUUGCGUUUGAUGGGUCAAACGCCUCAAGGCUUUGCCAAGUUUGUCAUAGAGAACAGUCAGUUUUUUACUCGAGCGCCUACUAUGACAUGUGGGCCGGUUUACGGAAAAUCGUGUUUAAAUAUCCCACCUGAAGAUCAUCCUGAAUUAGAAGAGCGGCCACCCUUCAUCCCUCGCCAUUUGCCGCUAAAUUAUCGCGAGGACUUUGGAAGUCAAACAUCUCAGGCAGAACCAAGCAUCAAAGAAUUUGCUUUCAAUGCUUGUUUAUCUCCUUCCUCACCUAAUACGGUAUCUACUAGUUCCAAUUGUCUUACUGGUGCAACCAGUACUGCUGUAACAACCGUUGCUCGUACACUUCCUGAAUGGGCCAACAGAUCUACAUAUCGUAUGACGUGUGUUUCAGUUGAUCCUCUAACUAAGUGCUUGGUGGAGCAUUGUCCUCCAUGGAAAGCCUCUGAUGUUUUGUCGGAGUCACCGAUUCCGGACAAUUAUGUGGGUUCGACAAAUAAUUACUUUUCAUCUAUCUCAAAAAGAGAACUUGCAUACGACUCAACACCAGAGGAUACAAAAAAUCCAUAUGUGUCUCCACCCUCACCUGCAAAACAAUGUGGUGCUAGUGAUGCACAGUGGGCAGCUGCUCUACAAGCUACUCCGUCGACGCAGCAACCGAAACGAAUCGUCUAUACUCCAAGUCGUUUUGAUCCUAGUUCCACACCAUCUUGGACACAUAUUAGACGAGCAGCAAAUUCAUCACGUACACCGUUGUUUGUUAAACAGCCUAUUGGGGCAGAUUCACGGUAUAAACGACAAGCUUCCUCACUUGCUUAUUCUUCAGCUCCAAAAAUUCCAAGACUGACUACUGGACGUCGAGCAAACAGGUGUUCUAAGUUUGGUCGAGGUCGAGCAAGUAAAUUAUCAAGGCAACGUGUUUCGAAAUCAAGUAGAUCAAAUUCUCCUAUCAUAGAGCAACAUUCAGAUAAUACUAAUUCAAUGGAAAAACCACUGAAUCCGACAAGUGGACAUUCCAGUUUCAAAGAAGAUAUUAUCAACACAGAACUUUCUCCGCUAGAUUCUGAUAUUUCUACAUUAUCGAAUACAAUCAAUUCGCCUAAAUCUUUGGAAGAAACAUCCGUAACCUUACCAGAGAAAGCCGCUGAUGAUAGUUCCAUGGCACCUAAAGUAGAUUCAGGAGAUGAAAAACAAACUGUAUGGAAUGGAAAAGAUUAUCCUGAUCAUGAUUCACCAUGCACUCCUCCAUUACGGAAUCCUGUAAAUAGUGAUUGCCUGAUAACAUCUGGUGUCUUAUCAUCUAGCUUAGUUACUUCACCGAAACGACUGGAGAAUCGCAUGAAAUCUGUUGGUGUUGAACUAUCUGAAUUAAAGGUUUUGAACAUUCCGGAAAGAAGUACUUCAUCCGGAACUCAAAAUAGUGUACGACUUAAAUCACACCCAUUUCGGCGGAGAGCUCGUGGACGAAGAAGAGAUAAGUGUCGAGUUUCGACAUUUAAUAGUUUAUUUCAAAAUCCUUUGCGGAAGUGUUCAGAUCCACUUCACAUUAAGUCACAGAAUCGUUCUUUCCAGACUGUUCAAAGUCUCGAACGUAUACCUAAGGUUGAAAAUAACGUAAAUGAUCACCAAACUGUUGCAGUCGUUCCAGACAACUCUUUCCAAAGUUCUCGACCCACUCGAUCAGUACAGAAAACCGGAAGGCGUACAGGGCUAAAUGCAGACGCUUUUCACGAUUCUAUAAAAAAUGAACCUAUCACCACACAGUUUUCUUCUGAUGUAAGAAUGGAAACUAUCUGCUCCCCAGCAUCAGAUACAACUGAACCGAUGACAUUUGGUGAAAGAGCAGAACUUCUUAGAAUUCUUUGUAUAGAUAAUAAUUCUGUGAAGGACACUUCAACUACCACCUUUAAUGUAGUUCCCAAUAAUCACUUUUUGAAGUCAGAGAAUCCGGUAUUUAGCAAAGAAAGCUUUGGUAAACUGCAACAGCAUGCAUCAAUUACAUUAAGAUCGCUACCUUCUUCUCCAUCAUCCCUUGAUUCCUUCCUCUCCUCUUCUUCUACUUCAAAAUCUUCACCUGAAGAAUCACUGCUUUUAAAAUCAGAAAUGAAUGAUGUAAAAGGCUGUGAUAAUUUCGGAGAUGACAUUUCUCAAGGUGUAAAUAAGUCCUCAUUUUCAAGCUCCUGUAUUCAGAAAACUGUCAAUACAAAUCUAUCACCUGUGAAUUUUUCAGAUUCUAAAAAAACCUCUCCAGCCACUUCUUGCAAUAAUAAAAUACAUACUACUCAUACUGCCUCUCCACCAGUGGAUACGUUAGGAGUUGGACCACCACCUCUUCUUCCUUUAUCUAGUAAAUCGGUUGAUCAAAAACGAUGUUCUUCCUCUUUGUUUUCAACAUCUGCUGAAAGUGAUCACAUUGCCGCACUUCCUCCUACCUUGAUGCCUUCCAGACAGUCGGAAUUGGUGUCGACUUCCAGCAGUUGCUUCUUUACAAAUUCACAGCCUUUGUCAUCUAAGCAAAUCAGCGAUAAAAAUGGAGGAUUGCGCAUUACAAUUAAACUAGGUGGCGGGACAUUAAACGAAGAACAUCUUGCUUCAUCUCUUUCCCCUUCAUCAUCUUCUUCCUUAUCUUCAUCAGAGUCAACUUCAGGGGAUGAAGACAACUCAACAACUCAUUACAUACAGUCACAAAAUUCAACCCAGAUAUUCAAAAGGGAACCGAAUGAAAAUAGUGUUUUGAACUUAGUGGAUAAGGACAGACCAAGUAGCCAUUCUGUAUCAUUGUCUCAGUCAACAACAUUUACAGAAAAAACACCAAAGCUUGUUAUUCGCCUCGGGAAUGGUUCUAUUGCAGCAUCUCAGCCACAGACUAUUGCAACUACACAUCCUCAGUCGGUUAGUCAAAAUCUGACAAAUUAUUCAGAAAAUCCCACUUCAGUUGUUGACAAGAAGCAUUCAAGUUCUUUAAUAACCCCACCACCUCCUUUACAAUUGACUAUCUCUCGCGACAGACUAAAAUAUAGAGGCCGCACUGCUUCACAAGGUAGCGAUUCAAAUGCAUCAAAUACGAGUUCAACAAUUACAGGAAGUCUUUCAAGUAGUGAAGAAGAAGUAAUUGUUCAUCCUCACAUUAGUCCUACGGGAUCUGCGAGUUUGCCACCGCCUCCUUCUCUGGAACGCUUGCCACCUCGACCAGGUCAUGGUGGUUUCCUAACGACUAAACCUACCACUCAAAGACAUUUAGUUCAUCAUUCUCAGUUACCACCUCCAUCCCUAACAAACAGUAUAAAGAAAUCAGACAAUAUUUUGCCUUUGAAGCACAUAGUUUCACCAGGCACAAUUAUGUCAAAUGGUCCUAAUCCUACCGCUACUCAUUGUCACCUUCCACCUCUUCUUCCACUAUUUUCGUCGGUUUCGGAACAAAAGGAGUCUAUCUCACUAUCAUCUAAGUCAAGUCCAGUUUCAACAGAACAGUCUUUACAUUGUGACAAUUCAAAAUCAACUUCACGUCUCGGUGACAGAAAAAAAAGAAGACUCACUGAUCAGGAUUCUCGUUCACCUCUAGGCAAGCGAAGAACAUUGAUCCAGUCCUAUGCAGUUCAUUCACCAGAAACUGAAUCAGUUAUUAAGAGACCACGUGCUACAGUCGAUUCCGUCUUUACAGAUGAUGAUAGUGAUACUAAAAACGAAGAAAAAUCCCCUCUGUUGUCACUUACAGCUUCAUGUUCAAAUGACUCAGUUAAUAACCAGAAAUCCCUUCGUCCAUCUAACAGCGAAAAUAUGUAUAUAUCUAAUCCUCCUGCGAAUUCUUUAGCUCCCUCUCUUAAUUCCACUGUAUCUCCUUUGAAAACCCAACCACGAACAAAACAUACUGGUUUGUAUAACAAGAAGUCUUUAUAUCGUCCUGUCACCAAGUUAUCAUCUCAUACCAGUAGUACAAAAAGUUCUGCAUCACUUAAAAGUGGGAAAGUUCGUGGCCGAUCCAAACUCAUACCUGCUUCGCCAAUCAAAACCCCAUCAAGUAAUAACAUCUCUUCCAAAGUGGUUCACCGUGAAUCUGCUUCACAAAUCGUUGUUGAAUCUGCUGGCAGCUCAUAUUAUUUUAAUAAUGAUGGUGAGCAAAUAUGGUUAUGUCCUAUUUGUUUACUGGAAGAUGAUGGCAAUUUGAUGAUUGGCUGUGAUAAUUGUCAAGAUUGGUAUCAUAGCACAUGUUUAGGGCUUUCCAAGGCUCCUGAAGUUCCCCAAUGGUUUUGUCCAAAGUGUUCACAAAAACCAUUACCACCAAAUACACUUAUAAAAUUGUCAAGUAAAGAUUCUGUUUCUCAUCUUACAAAAGGCAGCUCACGUGGUUCUGUAACCUCUCACCCGAAAGUUAAACACUCUAAACGUGAAUCAGGGUCUAGAAAUCCAAAACACAAACCCAAACGAUAAUCAUAAUAUUUUGAACAAUCAUCUCAACCACUAGCUGCCUUUUAUCGAUUUUUGCUCUUUGUACAUAGUUGUAUAUUGUAUCCAGAUAAAAAAUUAUUAAUUUUGCUGAUUUUUACUGUUGGACUUGUAAUUAAUUAAAAUUUCAUCAAAACUAAAUCACUUUUGGAUUACUAUGCACUGUUUUCUAAAAUGUUAAUAAAAAUCCAAUAUCUGAAGUAAGUGAUGGUUUAUUGUAUAGAAAAUUGUAAGUUGUAGAUCACUAGUUGUACUGUGUUGAAAUGAAUCUGAGAUUUUCUAAAUCCUAUUGUAAUCGGUAAAGUACGUGCUAUAUCUUACUUCAUAAAGCUUAUUUCUUUUUGUUUAAUAUUAUAGAAUUUUAUACAUUAUAUACGAACGUUUAUACUUGUGUGUGAUCCGUUUUAUACCCGUGGUACCAUAUUCGUAAAGCUUUCGUUGUGCAUACCUCUGUUUGGUGACAGGUCAUACAUGAUUGCUUAUAGGAUUUCCAACCUCACUGAGAACUGGAAUACUUGUUAUUCAGGUGGUUUGGAGAUAGUGAUUAAUUGAAGUGUGACUGAGGGUCAGUUGGACUGUUCCCUUGAGUGUUCUGCCCAUCGGCCGGGUCUCUUGAAUCGGGGGUGGAUAAUGGUCCUUUUUUGUGGGAUAGUCUCACUAACAGUUGGAUGUUUAAUCCUUGUUUCCUUGAUAAGUUUGAAUAGUUGUCGCCGUUGCCUUUUCUAUCAUUUUUGACUAUUCUACCCACCACUACUGAUGAUCAUUUGAAAGACUUUAUUAGCCUACGUUCAGAUUACCUCCAACCCUUAUGGUAUUUAGAGCUAGGCGAGCUGAGCAGUAGUUAUCACUACUGUUUCCACAGAUGUUCAGAUAAUAUCCUAUUCUCCUUCGAUAUGUAUUUUGUAUUCAUGUUAUUUUAACUGCUUCUCUGGUUGCUCCGAAAAUAUUUUCUAGACUUUUAUUAUAACAUUGAACUGUUACAAUAUAUCUUGCCGUGUCUUUUUAUUAUCCUGUAAGACGCAUAUUAACGAUGACUGCAUACUCUUCCAUUCUUGAUUUCGUAGUCUACGUUGCAAUAAUGUAUUGGUAGGGGUAAUUUUUAAAAACUUUUUACAUUUUAACCUCAUUAGUUUUACUGGACACAUUACUAACUGAAAGAGAAUGGGCGAACAUGCAAAAUGGAUCAAGUACCAACAGGCUCUAUAGUGCAGCUCUUCCGUUAACUAGCCAUUUAAAAGUUAAGCACUCAAAUACAUUUGUCCUUAAUAAAAAUAUGUUUCGUCACACUUUUCCUUAAAUUUCGUAUCUGUUUCCUGUAGUGCUGGAUGCCUAUUCUUAGUUUUUGUGACAUCUAUCGUAUACUAGGUUUUCUUAAAUAGACUUAUUACAUUGGUCUGAAAUAGCAUGCAUUUUUCACCUACAAUGGUUCAUCAAAUAUAUGUGCAUAGUGAUGUGUUUUCUUGGGUCAAUGUCUUUAUUUAUUCGUCUCUGUUACUGUCAAUUGAAGCAAAGGGUUGAUAUUCGGCUGUAGCAUGGAUAUUUUUAUCGUGCUAGGCAUAGAUUUGGAAAACACUUCAUAUUUCCGUGAUAGCAAUCGAUUACCAUUUCACAGACCGUUGACUUGUCAGAGAUAUUCUUUAAUUAACCAAAAGUUCGCAAUACUCAAAACCUCGACAGUAAGAUGGUCUUCUAUUACUCAAUAGAAAGUCAACAUAACUCUAUAGGCUCAACUGAUACGAGCUUCAGUCUAAGUGCUUUAUGCUCGUAAAUAAUUAUUCAUGAGAUUUUAACUUUGAUAUAUUGGUUCCAGAGUGGCACACCCACCUGUUUUACUUAUGUUAUCCAGUCGGACACCUAAGUCAGUCAGUCAGCUACAACGUAGGACCAGGCACAUAUGUGCAUCGGUCCAGGUUGCCAUACCGCAUCAGCACAACAAGAUGAACACCGGAUUCAUAGCAGUGGUUAGGUCAAAGGUAGUAAUAUAUAAGAGAAAGAUUGCAUAUAGAGAUAUAGUACAAGAAGAAAGAAUUGGUUCGUAGAAAGAAAGAUAUGAAGCGAUUUUAAUCUCUUAGUUUAAGGGAAGACAGGGAGUUUAUACACCGACGCCAUUGUGAUCGAUUCUGAGCCAUGUCACCAAGAGUCUCCAACCAUUGGUUACGAUAGUCACGCGGAUCCCAACCAAGUAGUCUGCAUCUACCAACAUGGCUCAGACUAGAAGUCAGUGUCUUCAAGCACUGAUGCCACGUUUUGGUUUGGCCGCCCCUAACUUUCUUCCAACCAUCUCCAACACCGGUUAGCCUUGCACGUCGUGGUAAUCGGUGUUCAGGCAUACAUAACAC